AUGACUGGGCUCCCCGACCUCACAAAAUUUAUGGGCCAAGGUUGGGUUCGCAUUACCGACAUGAUGAAGUAUUACAUGGCUCUAGCUACACUUGCCAGCGUGGUCUGCGCGCAAGACACGCGGUUGUUUUCUAUCCCCCCGCAGCCGACGCCGAAUGAGUCUUCGACUGGGGUCUUGACGAUUCUGCCUGUGCCUUCUUUGUCUACUGGGACGCCUAGCGGAGGGACUUCAGGGACUGUGUCUGGGUCGCAGCCUUCGGAGACGGUUGGGCCUACUACGAUUGGGCAUAUCACGCCUGACCCGACGACGAGUGGUGUUCCGACCGUUACUUCUGGCCAGACUAGCGCUUCUGCGCCGGGUACUACCACUGGGUCUGGUACGAGCGGUACGCAGAGCGGUUCUGGGUCUAGUAGUGGUACUGGGAGCCCGACGUCUAAUCCUGCUGCUGGGCCUACGGCUCACGGGUUUGUGGUUGGUGUUGUUGCGCUUGCUGGGUUGGCUGUGGCGAUUUAG